UUAUUUACACCCCUCCACCAGACAAACUAUAGUGACGUCCACAACGCAAACUUAAGUUUGGCAAACUUUGUCAAAACUUGUUUCACUUACCUGGACCGCGGGUUUGUGUUCAAACUUGUCAACUUUUACAUGGAGAAUUUCAACCCUGGAGAUGCAAAGGUUUUAUUCGAGCUAAAGUUUGAAUUCCUCCAAAUAGUUUGUUCGCACGAACAUUUCAUACCACUCAACCUUCCUUUUGCUUGUAGCUCUAAAAGUGCAAGGAACGAUUACAGCUACUGCCUCAGCGAGGAUUAUUGUCGCAUUCACUUUUUAACUGGACUUCUCAUGAAGAAUUUGUGUUCCGCGUUAUACGAGUCGCCCGAGAUCCGAUCUUUCGCGAUCGAGACGUUCCGGAAUAUUCUCGCCAAGCAUGUGUUUGAUGACAGGUAUAAAGGUCGUCAACACCAGAGUCGCAUCGCUACUCUCUACCUCCCCUACCUGCGUAUAUUGCUCGAUAAUGUGGGGAGGUUGGUGGUGGAUGCCGAGAUUCCUGUGAAGAAUAGUGCCCACUCUUCCCGAGACGACCUCACCGAAUCGUCACCCAUGCGCGGAGCUGGCGAGAGUUCCCCUGCUCUCAACAACGUGUUCUCACUCCCCCCCAUCGGGGAUCGAACCGGGAGCCUACGGGCGAGGUUACCGGAUAACUCAGUGAUGAGCGCUAUAUCAAACCCAGGCAGUAGUUUACUAACCCGAGGUUCUCGAGGCUCACUAGCUGUGUCCGAUAACCAGAACAACACAAACACGCCCCCCCAACCCACUAGUGAUAAAGUGACCGAUAAACUUGAAUUAAAGGCUACUUUGAGCAUGGCAAGCGCUACAAGGUUCAGUCCUAAUGAGAAGUUCACGGCACCAGAGAUACGGAACUUACUCUUAUGUUUUAUGCAUUUGUUGAAUAACCUGCCAUCAGAUGCUUUGCAUGGCUUCUGGAAGGAUUCAACAACGGACGAACAAAUUGAUUUCUUUGAAGUUUUGGAAAUGUGCAUUCACCACUUCAAGUACACGGGGAAGAAACAUCAGUUCCAGGGAAUCAGAUUUGGUUCAUUAUCGAAACUGAACAGCAAGUCCAAGACCCUUCCGGUUCGAAUCCGUUCAUCAACCGCCCACCAUUAUCUUAUGAAUCUUGCUGAACCGAUGAUCACUCAAGCCUCCCACAUGAUUGAUGAGAAGGAACUUGUAAGAUUAACAUUACUUGAAGCAAAUCUUUCAACUGAAGUUGGGCUUAUUGUGCUUGAUAUGCUUGCUGAGUUUCAAAGGCAGUUUAAGAAACAACUUACAAGCAAGGAAGGCGACAACCGGUUGAUGAACAAAUUAUUCGGAGCAAUGUUGUUGUUCCUACAAGUCAGUCAAUCGGAGACAGUUCUUAAAAAUGCGUUUGCGUCGUUCAGAUUAUUGCUAUGCAAGUUCCCAAGCGUAUUAUUCCGAGGUUCAGCUGACUUGUGUGCGUCACUUAUUUAUUACUCGUUGAAAUGUUGUAACUCCCAACUUGCAUCCCUGAGAUCGGAGGCGUGUGCGUUGUUGUAUUUACUUAUGAGGAAGAAUUACGAUGAGGGGAGACCUAAGAAAAACUUUGUGCGAUCGCAUUUGCAGAUGAUCAAGUCAGUGUCCCAGUUAAUAAGUGAAGAAGUUGGAAUCGGGAGCUCAAGGUUUCAAAACUCGCUGUCGGUGAUCAACACGUAUGCUAUCAGUGAUAAAGGAAUGCAGAGUUCCACCUUCCCUGUUGAGGUUAAAGAACUCACAAAGAAGAUCCGCACCGUGUUGAUGGCGACAGCCGCCAUGAAAGAGCACAAGGACGACCCUGAGAUGUUGGUUGACCUUCAGUGUAGUUUGGCAAAGUCGUAUGCGGAGAAUCCGGAGUUGAGGAAAACGUGGUUGGAGUCCAUGGCUCGCGUGCACAAGAAGAAUGGGAACUACUCGGAGGUUGCCAUGUGUUAUGUUCAUAUCGCUGCGUUGGUCGCCGAGUAUUUGAAACGGAAAGAACAGCGUGAUCGUGACCAGAGCAUCGCGUCGAUGCAGACAGGGUUGUCAACUGCGUUUAUAACUAAAGUAUUCGGGGGUUCGAACCAUGAUAAUGACGUCAUACCCGGAAGUAUGCUGGCCAAAGGAUGCGCGUUGUUCCGCAUGAUCUCACCCAACGUGGAGAAAGAAGAGUUGGCGAUGAAGGAAGAUAGUGGGAUGCAGGACGUUCCUUAUAACGAGGACAUGCUGAUAGACAUGCUUCAUACAUGCGUUGAAACUUUGCAACAAGCCGAACGUUACGAGUUGUUGGCCACAAUAUUCGCCAUGAUUACCCCUUACUAUGAGAAGCGGAGGGAUUAUGAGAGUUUAGUAAAUGUAUACGACACCAUGAAGCGAGGUUAUGAGAAAGUACUCGAAGUCAAUCGUAAUGGAAAGAGAUUGCUUGGCAAGUUCUUCAGGGUCGCGUUGUAUGGACAAUCUCACUUUGAAGAGGAAGACGGGAAACAAUAUAUUUAUAAGGAACCCAAGCUCACCCAGCUAUCGGAGAUAUCCCAACGACUACAAGCAACCUAUGGAAGCAAGUACGGGAGUGAAAAUGUGAGGCUUAUACAAGAAUCUGGGAAGGUCAACACCAAGGAAUUGGACAGCAAGUUAGCUUACAUACAAGUAACCUACGUGCAACCUUACUUUGAUGAACAUGAACGUGAACAACGUACAACAUAUUUUGAACAACAACAUAAUGUUCGUAACUUUGUGUUCGAAACUCCCUUCACCCCUGGAGGGCGAGCAAGAGGGGAUAUUGAGGAACAAUGGAAGCGGAAGACAAUACUUACAACCUCCCAUAGCUUCCCUUACGUGAAGAAACGAAUUCCUGUGAUGUCAAUGAGAAGUUUCGAGCUUAAACCAAUCGAGGUAGCCCUGGAUGAGAUGACGUCAAAAUGUAACGAACUUGAGCAACUAAUCACGGCUGAAAGAGUGGAUUUGAAGAAAUUGCAACUAAGGUUGCAAGGAUCAGUUAACGUGCAGGUAAACGCCGGCCCACUUGCUUACGCCAAAGCUUUCUUGGAAGACAGCAAGGUUCAAAACCACGCGGCGAACACGAUUGAGCUUUUACGUGGGGUGUUUCGUCGAUUCGUUGAUCUUUGUGGACGAGCGCUUUAUAUAAACGAACAACUUAUAACGAGCAACCAACAAGUAUAUCAUGAGUCGCUACAGGAAUGCUACUUGAGGACGGCUGCUGAAUUGUCACAAAUACUCCAUGAACAAUUACUGGGCGAGGACGAAGAUUCGUUCAGCGUAACAACAGGUGGUUAUGAUGCGGAUGUGAUGUCAUCAAUAAGUGGUAACGUGACCCCACGUCGUAGUGUAGCAGGUUCAGUGUCGGAUGCUUCAAAUGCUUGAGGGUUGGAGGUUUAUGCUAAGUAAAGCUGAAAUAUAGCAAUGUUGUUAUAAAUGUAACUGUUUAACCAGCUUAUAAAGUGUAUUAAAGCAAUAACGAACAUAACAGCAAUGCUAUAGAGCUUCAACUGCGCUAAGUUGUGUCACUCCAUAAGAAUCUUCUAAAGGCUUCAAAUGAAGACUAAGUUUUUGAAGGCUGCGUUAUUUUCUGAACAAGUUUACCCGUUUUAUCGUUUCAAGGCACAGUUUGUGUAAUAUGAAGCAAUUAUUGUAAUUGUUGUUUUUUAAUUGCGCUUAUCGUUAAUUUAGACGGUUCUUAUUUUACCAAAUUUCUUAUCAUUCAUCUCCCAACAGUAGUUUAUAUUUCAACAUUACAUCAUAUCAGCAAAACAUAAUCCCCUGCAUCAAGUUACAUUGUGCCAAGCCCACAUCACAAUAAGAGAUGCAACAUUAGACAUAUAUACACAGCUGACACAUAUGGGAUAUUAUUAUUGUGUUUUUAUGAUUUUAUUUACGUCUAGUUCCUGCUGCGUUCGUCAUGUUUUACACUCGCAUUCAUAGCAUCACUAUUUAAUUAUUGAAAUUUAGAAGCAAAUUUUCCAAAUGCUAAAGUUACAUCUUCAAUAAUGUAAAUAAUAGAGUGCUUGGUGUUUAAACAUCGAAUGCAGGUUUUUCAUUGUGUUUUAUCCUCACUGUAUAAACGGAAUCAUGUCUCGUCCAGGUCACAAUGUUUGUUGUCGCAUUAUUACGUCAUAACUGCAGUAACUUGGCGCACUUACACAGUAACCCAAUGUUAACAAAUUAAACCUAAUCAAUUUUAAAUAAAAU